CUGCGUGGAUUCAUCUACAGAGAGUUUUUUGACGGAGUAGAAUCCCCAAUUCCCGAUUAGAUCGCCAUCCCGCUACAAAACCUUGCUGCAAUGCCUACCCUUCGAAGUUUCUUUUGCCCAAAUUGAGAACAAUUCUGCAAAUCGGCAUCUUUUUCUACCCAGAUUUCUUGCUCUCUUUUCUUUUUUGUGCUUCAAAUCGCCAGGUUUUCGUAGUUCUGGGUUACCCUAUUCUGCGCUGACACAAUUCAGCACUAGGAGCUAAUCUGUUGUUUAAACUUCAUUGUGAAAGAUUGAUUGAUUGAUUUCUAGAUUAGAGUGGUAGCGAUUUGCAAAGUACAGUGCAUUGCUUUUUCCCCUUCAAAGAUGGAUGUUGGAGGGCAUUAUCAGUACAGACUGAAAAGGAAACUAGCGUAUGAAGAUCAUAGUCAACAUCCAAGGCAUGAGACUUGGAGAUUCAGUCAAAACCCUAGGUUCCAUGAGAGCAGUGUGUAUGAACCUCGUGGGAGGCAAGGGAUUGGAUUGGAAUAUGAUCGUAAUUCGGGUUUUCAGGGGACAAGGCAAUCAUAUCAAGGCCCCCGGGGAUUUGACUCUAGAAUCAGACACAACAAAGUCAGUUUCUUUGACCCUCUUAGCAUCCCCUAUGGUUGGUUGAGCUGCCCUCCACAUGGUGAUAGCAUAGGUGGUUUAAUCCCAUCAAAAGUUCCUCUUAGCGACGCAUUCAACAAGAAUAUCAGUCGAAUCAAAAGAUACACCCCAAGUCAAGCCAUUUAUGAUCAAAAGUGUCUGUGCAGAGAAAUAGGUUUGGUUAUUGACUUAACAAACACGUAUCGCUAUUAUCCGGAGUCAGAUUGGACAAGUCAGGGCAUUAGAUAUGUUAAGAUUAGGUGUCCUGGGCAGGACAUUCCUGACAGCGAGUCUGUCAAUAAGUUUGUUGAUGAGGUUGCCAAGUUUAGAUGUCAGCAUGAGCACACAAAUAAGUGUGUACUUGUUCAUUGUACACAUGGUUACAAUCGCACGGGGUACAUGAUCGUCCAUUUUCUUGUACGCAAUGAAAAGAUUACAGUAGCUGAGGCAAUAGCUAUAUUUUCCAAUGCGCGUAGCCCUGGAAUUUACAAGCAUGAGUACAUAGAUGCAUUGUACAGCUCUUAUCACGAAGCGAAACCUGAAUUUAUUGAUUAUCCUAAGACUCCUGAAUGGAAGAAGCAAUCUGAUAGGAAAGAAGAUGCUGCUGUUGCUUCACAUUGUACUGCUACAAGGGCUGCAUCUAUAUUCAAUGAUGCUGUUCUGCGAGAUCGUAUUCCAUUUUCAGACCUUGACAAAAUGAGGAAUUUCUGCAAUUCUGCUCUUGAUUUGCUUGCACAGAUUUGGCAAAACACGGAGUUUCCUGGCUCACUUUCCAUUCCUUUAACCAGGAACAACUUGCACCUUCUAAGGCAACAAUGUUACCAUAUUACAUGGAAAGGUUACGGGACGAGAUAUAUGAUGUUAAUAACUCAUGAUGUUUGUUAUUUAAUUGAUAGAACGUUUCAUUUUCGGAAGAUCCAGUUACGUUUUCCUUGCAAAGAUAUUUUUGAGGGUAAAUCUGAAGUCACUCAUCAUUACACAUUACUAGAUGGUGAAAUUGUAUGUGACGAUGAACAAGAAACACAGAAAAACAUAAGAUACCUCAUCUAUGAUAUCAUAGCAAUAAAUGAAGUAUCGGUUGCCAAGCUACCACUCCAUAGAAGGUUGGCGCUUAUUGAGGAAGAGGUGAUCAAACCCAGAAACUAUGAACACGAUUUAUUGUGCAAGGGAGAUAAUGUGUACUACCAAUAUGACCAGGAGCCAUUUGAAGUAAGGAUGAAAGAGUUUUAUCACAUUUCUGCUGCUCCUAAGCUUGUCAAAGAGUUCUUGCCAUUACAUUCAUAUGCAACUGAUGGUCUUCUUUUUAAAGCCUGGAAUGGUGCUUAUAAACCUUGGGCACAUGAAGGACUUUUAAAAUGGAAAUCUCCAAGAAGAUAUACAGUGGAUUUUCUCUUUGAUGUGGGUGUCAAUAAUGAUCAUUUAAUCUAUCUGCAAAACUUUGGAAGGAGGAAGCUAAUGGAUGGAUGCCGAGUGGAAUUUGGAGAUGCAUCAGAUUUCUCAUCAUAUUCUGGUAAGAUCUUAGAGUGCUCCUGGGAUCACAUGAGAGGAAUUUGGAUUUUUGUUCGAGCGAGGACAGAAAGGACAACUCCAGACAGUGUCAACACCUAUGAGAAGGUAAAACAACGAAGGAACGAUGAGAUCACGUCAGAUAUGCUGUUGGAUGAGAUAAGGGAUAUUUUAAACCUACCCAUAUAUUCUGAUAGCCCAAACGACGAAUUGGGGUUAACAGUAUAACUGCAUCCCUACAAGCUUAUUUGUGUGCCUCUCCACUUGCUGUUGAAUGAGAUAUGUGUGGUUUUAGGCCUUCCAACAAGCUUAUUUCUGGGAUGCCUCUAAGAUACAUACUUCGUCCCAAUUCCAUAGAAGUUUCAAAGCGCAUUACAGAUCUUUACACCCCCAGUCUGCCUUGGAUAGACACCAAUAUAUGCUGAACAGGUUUUUUGUUCAUUCCUAACAUGUAUAUGACUUGCUCCCCUGAAGUAUUUAGUCGAGCUGUCUGCCACGGCCGGAGAGGCAACAGUGCUGACAUGAUUUUUUUUAAGAAACUGGAGAUUCAUUAUGCUAACAAUUGAGAAUCACCGAACGUUUGGCUGCAAAUAUGUUGUGCCAUUGUUCGACAAAGAAGACGACAUCAACACUUGCUCUAUGCUAACAAUUGAGAAUCACCAAACGUUUGGCUGCAAAUGUGUUGUGCCAUUGUUCGACAAAGAAGACGACAUCAACACUUGCUGUCAAGUAUGAGAAGCAGACAUGGUAAAUCCCAUCUGAAACUAACGACAGAUUUUCCGGUGCACCAUUUGGCCCAGACCUAUAGCUUGCAAAAGGAUAGUUGAGGAUGAGGGGACGAAACAGGGAUUAGAUGACGAAGAUUCUUGAUAGGUUUAUUCAUAUUUGAAUCUCUACUGAAUCAAUAGUGUACAUGAUGAUAUAGGGAAGGAAUCCCAGGCUAAUUAAAAGGUAUAUGGAAUAGGAGAAAUAUGCAUAAAGUUUAUUGAGUGUUUCUAGAACCCAUCUUUUUUUUUGUCUGCAUUUUGUUUCUUUUCACAGAGCUUUGUAAAUUACCUUC